GCUGCGUCCAAGCUGUUGUCCGACCGCCUCUCUCCCGGCCUUCCUAUGCUAACCUACCCCCCUUGUUGCGCCUCGACGUGCUGUCUGGCACGCGCAUUGCGCUCCCCUCGUUUUACCCUCCGUGCCCUGACCAUCUAGAUCGCACGGCUCCUCUACUACGGGACUUCGAGACGCCCCAAUAUCGGCAGCCAUGGGCCAUCGAUGACUGCCUCGCCCUCUCUCGCGCGCAUCUUGUCCGGCAGCGGCCACGUAACCGGCACGGCAAACAAGCCAGCAAACGGCCACGGGUGCACGACCGGGAUUCCCCCGUGCCGUGCCCAGCGAUCUGCCUCGGCAUCUCCUCCGACGUUCCGCACCGGUCGACAAGCCGUCAACCGCGGAGCGUUUGUCUGACCUUGGAUGCUUGGUUGCUGCAGCCGCCGCCGCCGCCGCCGACUCCUCGCCACCUCUGCGAACGCGUCCCGCCUGCGCUGGUCCUGUACCACCCCGCGCACCCCCGUGGCCUGACGAAAAGGACAGCCAGCGGGCCCCUUGAAGCCGCACGGAUAGGUCUUGCUUGCGAGCCAGUGCUAUCGUGCCCUGCAAGACAGACCAAAAGGCGAAAACGGUCCCAGGCCGACCGAAGGGUCCAUUCGUUCCGAUCAUGUCCAACUCCAACCCUUCUCCCUCGUCCACCCUAGCCGGCUACUUGGAGCAGACCGCGUCCGUCUUGAGCUCCGCUGCCUCCUACAUGCGUCUCCCGGCAUUGGCGUCGACGGGCAUUGCCGCCGCCCUCACUUCCCUGCUUUACUUUAAACAAAAGGCCUUGAUCUACCCUUCGCACAUGCCACCCAACUCCCGGACCGAACUCCCGCGCCCGUCACAAUUUGGUAUCCGAGACUUUGAGGAACUUGUUAUUCCCACCGACGAUGGCGAGAAGCUCUCCGCCUUCUACAUCCGCGGCCCGCGCGGCAACAAAAACUCAAACAUCACUGUGCUCAUGUUCCAUGGAAACGCGGGGAACAUCGGCCAUAGACUACCCAUCGCCCGCAUGAUCAUUAACUACAUUGGUUGCAAUGUGUUCAUGCUCGAAUAUCGAGGGUACGGCACCUCUACGGGUGAGCCCGACGAGGCCGGCUUGACCGUCGAUGCGCAAACUGGUCUCAAUUAUCUGCGACAGCGGGCGGAGACCCGCGACCACAAGCUCGUCAUCUACGGCCAAAGCCUCGGUGGUGCCGUCAGUAUCAAGCUCGUGGCCAAAAACCAGGACGCCGGCGACAUUGCUGGGCUGAUACUGGAGAACACUUUCCUGUCCAUGCGCAAGCUCAUCCCGUCGGUCAUACCGCCUGCCAAGUACCUCACCUUGCUCUGUCACCAGGUCUGGCCCAGCGAAACGAUACUACCGAGUAUCAAGAAUGUGCCGGUACUUUUCCUCAGCGGCUUGCAAGAUGAGAUCGUUCCGUAUGUAUCCCCGAUGCCCCCUGCCCUUCCUCUUGGAUCGCGUGAUGAACAAUACCACACCCACAAAAUAUGAGCCUUUACGGUUCUGAUUUGAACACCAUCUCUCAAGUCUGAUGAAGAUCCUGACCCAAUACUUUCCUGUGGCCAAUGCUUCAACGUCUGACGGUUCGCUGACGACGCUGAUCCAGUCCGAGUCACAUGCGCCAACUUUACGAGCUCUGCAAGGCGCCGAGCAAGACCUGGAGGCCCUUACCGGGCGGUGACCACAACUCGAGCGUGCUAGAAGAGGGAUACUUUGAGGCCAUGACCCAAUUUGUUUCCGAAGUUACCAGCGGGUCCGACGCGGAAAAGGUGCGAUUAUAGAUCAGACAAGAACCCGCGUCAAGUGCGGACGGGGGUCUGGAGCUCAGCUAUGGCAAGCAGAACCAUGAUGUUCUGCCCUCAUGAUUGAUACCCACUCUAUAAUGACAAAGAUAUAUUGAUACGAGCAAGCGAGCUCGUUGGUCUGCGAGCCCCAAAGACGAAACCACACUGUUCUGCC